UUUUGCUUUUGACACACGUUUGUUUUCACUUAGUUAACAUUUCACUAACUUUAAUUGUUAAUGUUUAUUUUUAACAUAUAGAAAUAUUACCACACUAUUCUUUAUGUGGAAACCUCAUUUGGGACACAAUAUUUUACGAGGUUAAUUCUGAGGUUAGUUGCUUCUGUUGCUAUCAUGAUUGAAGAAGACAAUAAAACUCUAUGGUGUGGAAAUCUAUCCGAACAAGUUACAGAAGAGUUGCUUUAUGAACUUUUCUUACAGGCGGGACCACUUGAAAAAGUUCGAAUACCAAGAGAAAGAGACGGGCGGCAAAAGAAUUUUGCAUUUAUCACGUACUGCCAUGAAGUGUCUGUACCUUAUGCACUGCAAUUGUUUCGAGGUACAGCAUUGUUUCAUCGGACGUUAAGUUUGCAGAGUCGAGGUCGCGUAGUGCCUUUACCUCCACCGAUAAGAAGUUACGGUCUAGAGCCUACUAUAGAUUUUAUGUAUCAACAUAAUAUCGCAAAUCAAUUUACACAUAUGACGGAAAGAUUAAUGGAUGAAGCUCAGCAUAUGAUUCAGUAUCCUGUACAAAGAAAUGAUUAUAAUGAUAAAUUAACAAUUGCUAGUUUACAGGGUAAUUGGUCUCAUAGACAUCACCCUUAUCACUCUAAAGAUAAAAGCCAUAAGAAAGAUGUCUUUCAGCCGAAAGAUAAACACAAUGAUAAUUAUAAAAGCCGAGGUAAACAAAACAAUAAUCGAUGGAGAGACAGACGGAAUAAUAAAAAGAAUAGUGGUUAUCAUAGAAGAGACUAAGAGUUAGCAUAACAUAAAUUAAGACUAGAAGUUCUACAAGAAAAUGUAGAUAGAAACUUAGCUAAAAUAUAUUUAUAACAAUUCAAACGCAACAGUAAAAUGACAUGAGCUAAAAAUGAAAUUUCAUUUUUUAUCACUGUUUGCAAUGAAUUGUAAAAAUACAUACUGAAAAGCGAUAUUGCAAUCAGAAACCAUUUAUUGGAUUUUUAUUAUGAAAACAUUAAAUGUUGGGUACAAUUUUAACUGUUAAAAAGUAAUUUUAAAAUUACUAUUUUGAUGUAACAUUUUAUUUUAAAAAAGAAGUAGUUUUGUUUUUUAUUUACUUUCUUUUAACUAUAAUUGACAAAGUACUUUUUGUGCAAUUGAAAAUUUAAAUAAAAUAUUUUUAUUUAAGCA